GUUUGGCUGGUUGCUAAUAUUGGCUCCUCUCUGUGAUUGGGAUUGUCAGAUGGAAAUCUGCAGUUAUGAAGAACAGAGCCAGUGUGUUUCCUUUCCUGAUUAUCUUAGGAUGUUGCUCCCUGAUAUCAGGUCUGUCACCCCAGUAUCACUUUGUGAAUGAUCAGAAGAAUUGGACAGAAGCACAGAAAUACUGCAGGGAAAAGUAUUCAGACCUGGCAUCAAUGUACAACAGUGCUGGGAUUGAAAGCAUACGAGAGGCUGUGCACAGCGGUUUUAGUGGUAGGGCAUGGAUAGGACUAGAAAGGGGAGACUUGUUUAAGUGGCACUGGUCCUUGGCAGACAGAGAUUUCUACAGAGACGGGGAGUUAGAAUUUCGAAACUGGAAGCAGGGUGAACCGAAAAAUGAUCACAAAGAGAGCUGUGCAGCAAUGUAUCCCAGUGGUAAAUGGUUUGAUGACAACUGCAACAAUAAAAGACACUUUAUAUGCCUUAAAGGACGAAGUAAUGGCAACAAGGGCUUCAUCUUACUUCAGCAAAUGAAGACCUGGAGAAAAGCUCAGGCCUUCUGUAGGGCAAAUCAUGAAGACCUGGUCAGUGUGCGGAAUCAGUCAGAGAACCAGGAAAUACUGCAUUUGUUACAGUUACAGAGCGCAUGGAUUGGACUGUUCAGUGACUCCUGGAAAUGGUCUGACCAUAGCAACUCCUCAUUCCGCUUCUGGAGGUCGAAACAACCAAAUAAUUUGCGAGGAAAGCAGCAUUGUGUGGGAGUUGUGCUGGAAGACUCUGGAAGAUGGAAUGACUUUCAGUGCAAGGGCAGUCGGCCUUUCUUCUGUCAAGGCAGAAUGAAGUCCCAAGCCCCUCUCCCCACAGUGGAGAGUGUGACACACAGUGUGACACACAAAUCUACAAAUCAAGCACCUAGUAAAUAUACCUCUCAGAAAAGCAGUACUGAGCAACAGACUACUGGAUAUGAAACUACUCAGCUAGAAAAAUACAUCACCACUACAGGCCCCACUGAUAAAGAGACAUUGACCACCAAGUACAAAUAUGCAGAACAUAUAACAACUGAAAAGGCAAUGAUGGAACGCACAACUGAAGACUAUCUGAUCCUGAUUCAGGAGAAUAUGACCUGGAACGAAGCCCUGCAUUAUUGCAGAAUGCGCCAUAUCAAUUUGGUGUCUGUGACUUCUGUAGCCACUCAGAAAUGGGUGGCAAAGAAGGCUGAAAAUGCUUCUACUGCCCAUGUUUGGCUGGGCCUGCGAUUCACCUGUGUCUUCAAGUUCUGGUUCUGGAUAACAUCUGAAACUGGUUGUUAUCAGAACUGGGCUCAUGGACAUGAGCCAGUUGGGAUGGAGGAGUGUGGUCACACAGGAGCUAUUGAAUCUGGAGGGGAACAUCAGUGGGUCAGCUUGCCAGAGACUGAGAAGCUCAAUUUCAUCUGUUAUACUUGUGAUGGUCAGAGACACUAAUUUGGAGCGCCCUCUGAAUCCAACUGUUACUUCUGGAGUCUUGGAUAAUAAUCUUUGUGAUUACCAAAAACAUUGUUUCUUAUUGGAAUAAAAACUAUUUAUAAAUGUUUUAUAAAAACAUGAAACAAUAAACUAUCACCUGAUCAAGUAAACUAAAAAUUGAGAGCAACAAAAGAUAUGUUUUCCUAUAAUGUUCACUGUCUGUGUGCAUGUGUGUUUCGAUUGAUUUUGAAUGUGUACAAAAACUAUUGUGAACAUACAUUUUACAUUGGACAAUUUUUGUGGCCACUGAUUGAAAUCCUCUUGCAACACUACAUGAUGUGGAAUACAUAGGGGAGAACCGGCACAAGUGUAACAUUUCACAAUUGUAACAAAUACAUUUUCUCAUUCAACAAUAUAAGCACAGAUGCAAAAAUGCAUUCAUAUAUGCAUUGUGCUGUCCUCUAACUACAGUGCAAUUCUGAGAUCUGUGCAACUCAUUAAACUGUGAGCAAAUUAUUUUUCAGUAAAUUAAUG